CGAGCUCACAAUGUUUUCCAAGUGCUUUCAUUUGCUUUUGGCAGUACAUUUGCUGAUUUCUCCGGUGGUACCUGUCCUUUUGGAGCCAUCUGAACGCAUCAUCGGCGGAAGCAGCAUGGACAUCACUGAUGUUCCGUGGCAGGUGUCCUUACAGUACUACGGCGAACAUUUUUGCGGCGGAUCCAUCUACAGUAAAACCAUAAUUAUAACAGCUGCCCACUGUAUUAAAGAAGGUGAACGCUCAAUUCGAGCAGGAUCCUCGCUGCAUGAUAGCGGAGGAGUUGUGGUGGGAGUGGAAGCAUAUAUCAUUCACCCACAAUUUGAUAAACAUAACAUGGAGAACGACGUGGCUGUCCUCAAACUGAGCAGUCCUUUAAGUUUUUCCGAUUCCAUACAAACAAUUCCCUUGGCCGAGACGGAUCCUCCCACGUCGUCUUCGGCGCUAGCCACUGGCUGGGGACGUGGAAAUUUUUUAAUUCGACCACGACAACUUCAGGGAGUUGAAAUCCUUAUUCGGCCGCUGAUCGUGUGUAAAUUGAAAUAUGGCAACGGUGUGUUCAAUGAGGACAUCUGCGCGGGAAGAAUGGGAAAAGGCGGCUGUUAUGGAGAUUCCGGUGGACCCUUGGUCUUCAACGGCCAGCUAGUGGGGAUCACAUCGAGAACGGGAAACAUUGUUUGCUUGGGAUCUUCUCUGUACGCUAGUGUGGCGCGUUAUCGUAACUGGAUCCUUAGUGCCAUCGAUGUAUUGCAUUUUCAAGCACCCGCUACAAAUGUGUAAUUUACGACAUUCCAACUUAACGUUCGCAGCAACAAUUACUGUUGUUCAUAAAUCAAGUUUUAUAAAAUAAAUACAUUGAAUAAUUUUACAAAACUAC